UCCACAAUAGCGAGAAAGACUGGAACAAACUAGAUCCAGUACCCAUGCAUUUUCAAUAUGGCAGAUAACGAGAUGAACAUAAACUUCACUUCUUCGUCAUUUUGGAACCAAAUAUGAAACUAGGGGUGGACUUUACGUUAUGGAACGACAGUUAAUUUAUCUGCGACGUAUGAAGAAGAAUGGACGGGACAGAACUUAGAAAUAUUCAUGUUGUGCCUCAAAAUACAGAAGCGUAUAAACAACAACAAAAAGAUGACACGGUGAGGUGAAUUCUGCAAAUACAAAUAGUACAUAGUUAAAACCUACAUAUUCCCAUCUAGGUUACGAAGAAAAAGAGUCGUUUCUUGUUCCAAGUUCUUCGUUUAUUAUAUCUCUCCUCAAUAGUUUUGCAGCUAAGGAAGAUAAUAAAAAAAUAAGUCCUUUUUUUGGAAGGAUAGCAUCCCUAUGUGCACGUUCACCGUUUUUACUAGGGUAUGCCUCCUUUAUUAUAGAAUUAGUGCAAAAGAUGAAUAAAUGCCUUAGUGAACCAAUAAAUAAAAGUCGCAUAUAUUUACAGGAUUAGCUUACUCUCAUCAUAGCACACUUGCUGGCCAAGGAGAGUAUGGACAGUGUCUCAGCUCAUUUAAACAGUAAUAAAGUGAAGAUCACUUAAACUGAAGAGCAAAUUCAAGCAUUUACGUAUUUAUGACUUGGCAAAUAAUUUUUUGUCUCCACUAACAUAUUGAAAUGUAGUGCAUUUUACCGUUUUCAGUUGCAUUUGCACAACAAACAUGUUCAAGGGGAUUCCACCUUUAUCCCAGGACCUUGUCACCACAACAAGAAGUUUGCCUGUGUUUUCAUCCCUUGUGUUGUACCUUUGUUUUACAUUGGAGGAGAACUGUAUGUAUAACUAUGGUUUUCAGCUAUUGCUUUCAGUUAUGGCUAAAUGAUUUUUCUGCUUGCAAGAAAGAAGUUAGCUACUGUUAUUGUCACUUAAUUUGGGUUGGAUCAGCCAACAUAUAACAGACAAACUACCUCCCAUUUUAAUCUUAUCUUAAAUGAUGUUGAAGUUAUUCUUAUUUUUCAAUAUGUUAACAUUGAAACUAAUACAAAAAUGCUAUGUAAUGCAUGCAAAAAAUGCAACAGCCUGGUGCAGAAAUUUACUUCCAACCUCUAAGAGUGGGCAGCAUUUAAUUUCUCCUUACAAUAUCACCAUUGAAUCAGAGUCACAAGAAUAAAUGAAAUGACCACCAACCAAAGAAGCUCUUGAUUGGGUAAAAGUGAAGAACAGUUCCUGAAAGAUACUGUCAGCCAAGUCAGUCAGCUGACAGUUGGCUGACUGUUGGCCAAUUGUCUGCUGACAGUUUUCAUUACAUGUCAGGCCAAAGUUUUGGCCAACUGUCGGCCAACAGUCAACCUGGCAGCAAAAAUGUGAAAAAGUUAUGUAAAAGCAAUGAAAUCAAAUUGAACAUACACAAAUCUCUGUGUGAACACAAAUUUGUCCAGAAUCUCUUGUAGCAUGACCAAUAAUUUUAUCAUCUCAAAAUUGAUUGUAUUCAUCAUUUUUUUCAAUAUUAACAGAUUGUUUGGUUUUGCUGUGUUCUGUAUUUUGAUGAUGUAUCUUGUGGAAAACACUUCAAGAUGUAGAAAAAGGUGGUUCAAGUUUGAUAAUUUUUGUGAGAAUUUAUUCCUGUUGAAGUGUGCAUGCUGGCUGGUUGAUUAGUUCUGGUUAAGAUAUUGUUUAAGCUUAUUUAUUUUAUGAGUAUUUACUGCAUUUGAUGACCAACUAGAAAUUAAAUCCAUUUGACGUAGAGUAUCCGGAUAGCUCAUGUCCGCAAUAGUAUGUGUUAACUUAACGCCAUAUCUCUUUCCUAUAGGUCUUUGGUGGCAUAUGUCGUUUCAGUCCUGCUUUUCCAAUUAUCUUCAAUAUUUUGCCUUGUUCCCUUUCUAUGGUAAGUUUAAACAGAGAGAUUAUUUUCAAAAGGUAGUUGUAAUAAUGAGUAAAUGAAGAGUAGUUAUUGUGUAGUCUUAAAUAAAAGUAACUUUUGAACAAGCUAAAUGCAGUUAAGUACAAUGUACCAGGUAGUCUUUUUUUUAAGGUGAAUAGUAAGGGGUGAUACAGUCUCCUUUAUUAAAAAAAAAGUCUUUUUUUGAAUCAUUUCUAUAUUCCUAGCUCACAAGAGCACCACUCUGGGAUCCAGGAUAUUUGUUGAUACUCAGUACUAUAAAUAUUUAUAGUGUGCUGAUAAUGAAAUCUAUUUUUCUUUUUCCCUUCUGUAGGAAAUCAGUAUUUAACCUUGGACUUAUAUUUAUUUACAAUGUAUUUAUUGUGCUGUCAGGUAAAGGAGCUGGAUGAUUAGCAGUUGUAUGUGGCAAUAUUCAAAACCCAGGAUUUUUUUUAUGUAAAUUAACAUGACUGUUUUAAUCUCUUUUAUGAAAUUUAUUUUUGAAGGUGGUGUUGGUCUCUUCCAGUUUAAGCAACUACAGUAUGAAGAGCCUGAGUUUAUAAAGGUGACUAAACUUUUCAAUUUAUUGGUGCAAAUCUAUUGUACCUUGUUUUAAUAAAAGGGUCACAGCAUUUUCCCUGAGUUCAAUCAGUUAGAGCAACAGCCCUCUAUGUGUAUUUGCCAAAUUACUGAAACAUACAAAACAAGGAUGUGUUUCAUAUAAGAUAAAAAUGAACACCUCUUUGAUUAGAAUAAGAGAGAUUGUAAAUUUUGAACUCUAAGUUAUCCAUAAAAGAAUGGUGAUACAAGUAACCAUCUUUCUUAAUUUAGUCACUUAUAAGAUGCUUUCUUCAUUGCUGAUCCUAUCUAUGUGCAGGACAUGUGUCUCAUUUGAGCCUGGCUUACCUUAGAAUUUCCUGCUGUUUAGUAGUAGGGCAACGGAAUGCAAUGUCAAAAAAUAUGAUUCCUGGACAGGGAUAGAGAUAAUUUCUUUGCUCCAUGCUUGUAACAGAAACAAAGAACUUCUAACAUAAAAUUUCACAAAAAUCAAGCCAAUAACACAUAACAAAGUGAAGCGAACUUGGUGAAAGCUCACCAAAAUGCAAUCCUUUUAAUCUUCUUCAAUGUUCCUUGUUCUUUCUCUUACUGAGAUAUCCUGUUUACAUGAUUUCAAGAACUUUAAUUGUUGUAAAAUGUUUUAUUUUCUCUCUGUAGAACAUGGAGUAUGUAAUAUACAUUAGCUAUCCAAUAGUUGGCCAGUUGACACUGACGGCAGUAUCAGGAAAUGUGUUCAGCUGGUCUGUUGCACCAUUCUUUUGUAUUAUAUUUGGGUGAGUAAAUUAAGUCCUCUAUUUUCUCCAGUAUUGAGACAUAAUACAAUAAUACCUUGACAAUGAACUGAGUUCUUUUGUGUUGACGUGGAAAUAAACAUAAUGAGUUACUUCGCUCAUUAAGCCAUGUCUGACCAGGUAUUUCAUCUUACACUGUAUAUCCACUGAAAAAUAUCAGUUAAUUAAUUGUUCAUUUGGAGAAAAUUAUGUGAUAUUUAAUGAAUGCUAAGUUGAUUCAGUACGACAUAUUAUCAACACUUUAAUUGAUUUUUUAGGUUCCUUUUUCUUCAAAUUUUCUAUCCUCCAAGUCGCUCUUCUUUCAUUUAUCAUGAUGUAGUACAUAAGGCUGGGGAGGAAAGACCUCCUGAACGUAAGUGAUUAAUAGCAACCUUGGUUACACUUGUUGUACUUCAAAGAAAUAGUUUUGUUCUUUACAUUAAAACCUUCUUCAUCAACUUGAUAUUUCUGAUUUUCUUCUGCAGAGAACUUCCAUUUCAUCAAAAUUAACAAAUAUUUAUAUUUGAAUAAAGAAAGUACCUUGACUGUUGUCUUAAGUUUCAUUUAGAGGCAGUCAGAUUAAUUUCUAACUCUUGAAAUGGAUGUCACAUCUAGGGUGUGAGCUGUUAGCUGUGUGUCAGCUGUCUUUGGGAAAGAAAAUGAUGAUACAAAUUAAUGAGUAUAUUUUUCCAUUGGAAGAUUUUCUUUUAGGGUCCUUAGAGACGUAACAACAACUGAGUAAGUUUUGGCAAAAAUAUAAGCAUGCUUUUUUAAAAUCAUAAUGUGAUGAUAAACUUCCUUUCAGGUUUCCUUUUAAGUAGUCUUGAAAAGACGCUGCUGUUGGUAAACCUAGUUACUGUCCCAGGCAGCAUGUUUAUUGUGAUUAAUUUUAUGGACUUCUUGCACAUAAUUACUUGGGUGAGUAUUUAUUCUAAAGAAACAUUAUCUUGAGAAUUUCUUUGAUUAGUUUCUCGUAUUCAGUGAUAACUGCAAUUUUUUGGUUCUUGUACAUGAAGAUACACCUUUACAUCAUUAUCCACUGAUCAAACUCAGCUUGCCGCAGUUUCUUUCCUUUCUCAAUUUGAUAAUUAAGCAUACCUUUUCAGUUCUUUUGUGUUGCAAAUUUUCAACCCCAAUGCUCUAUAUCCCAUUUUUGUCAGUUCUCAUUAGUUAACUGGUUACAAAUGCAUAUUUUUGUAUGACUGGCACUGCAAGUAGGCAAGGUGAAGCAAAUAUUGCUUUCUUGUUGUCUACCUUAGUGAGAAAGAUGAGCCAUUUUGUCAAACCAGUAUUGUCUUCUUUGUUUGUGUGUAGCUAUAUUUGUGCAGAGGAUCUUACUAAGAAUGUAUUAGUCUCAAACAGACUUUAUAGAAUGUUCUUCCCUGACUCAUAACUCAGUAGGGGAAUAUGAUUUUUUUUUACUGUAUUUCCUCUACAGAUUAAAUUGAUGUUAUGUGGUGUUCUUCCUAUCUUUCUCUGUACUUGUUUGGAUAUUGACGAUGAGAUAGAAUUUUUGGGUAAGGUUCACAAACACAGAGUCUAUUAAGCUGAUCACAUGUAACAGUAAACAUUUGGAAGAUGAAGAAUGAACUCUGAAUUCAACAUGUCCUACAAGAUAAAUUGUGAGUGCAACUUGACCCCACAACUGGUUGAAGCAGUGACUCUUUACAGAGGCCAGUUACCACCACUUAGUGCCUAGAGAAUUAUGGCCUUUAUUCUUGUGUAAUAAAAUAAGACUUGAAUUGGACAGUUUGCAUCCACAGAUUAUAUAGAUACAAAAGUUGUUCUUUCUUUACCUUAAAUUAUAAACUAUGACAUUCACAAAGUGCAGUAAAUGAUUUGAUGUUACAAGGAAUGCUACUAUUUUUAAUGACAAGGCAACUAAUAUACUUUUCUCUUGCUGUGUAAUUUCUUCCAUACCACUAACAUUAGAUCAUUUUAAUUAAAAUCAGAAUUGUCAAAAGAUGCUGUGGCCAAAACAAAACUAGGAUCUGGAGUGGGGAGUUUGGUAAGUUCAAGCUUUGUCACGAACAUAGUGUCAAACAUAGUGUCAAACAUAGGAUAUCAGUGUAUAAAUCAAUGUUGGCCAGCCACAUGCCAAUUUUCCCUGGACAGUGUCAAAGAGCACACACCAAACAACUUUUCAUAAGCAAUACUUCAUGAAAAAAAGAGGUAAAUUUGGAGCAUUCACAGAACUUUUGAAUGGAAUCAAAAGUGCCAAAAGUAGUACAAAAGAAAACUGGAUACUUUUUGAAAACAAAGGUGAUUUCAUUGUGGGUAUUUGUUAAUAAUUCAUUCUUUUAAGCUUCACUAGACAAGUUAUACGUUCUUAAAACAUUAGUAUUGACUGGCUCUUGUUGUUUUUGAAUCAUGAGAGGGUGCUCAAAUUUUCGACCUAUUAAAAUACAUGAACAAAUGACAUGACAUGAGUAAAGUGUGUGUGCAUGUGUGUAACUGCAGCUGUGUUCUUAUCAUAAGAGGAAUUAUCUAAAUACUGGGAACUUUACGACAUCAAUUCAGAAUUUAAUAUCAUGAAGAAUUUUUUCUUUGCUGGGUUUUUUUGUUACUUACAAGCAGCAUGACACUUGCAGUCUAUGAAUUUCAUUGUUUUUACUGUUUUUGUAACAGUAUGAAUGUUAUGUGUUACUUAAAUAAUGAAAUUAAAAGUUACAAGGUAUACUGUGUAUGAUUAUAGCAUUUAUUCUAUUUUCCUUAAAAAGGUUUGUAACUCUUAUUGUCACUAAUAAUGUACUAAUCUAUUUGUACAACUACUAAACAUAAUUAUUUGGUUUGUUUGUUUUGUUUGUUUUUCUCGUCAGCUACUGUUGGUUGUAAUAUUGAUUUCAUCUGGUACUGUGGGUUUCCGUAGUCUACCAAUAAUUCUAGGAAAUGUCAUCUGUGGUGUUUUAAUUGUGAUCACUAGUGGACAAGAAAAGUGGAGGGUAUGUCAAAUAAAUCUCAGCAAUGACUAUAAAAAGUCCUCUUUAGUAAUUAUGUAGCUUCUCUGGCUGUUACCUACUGUACAGAUGCCUACACAUCCCAGCAAGCCAUUUCUAUCAUCAUAAACAAAGAUUAAUGCUAUAAAUUAAUAGUUAUUCUAUUAACACUAGAUCAAACAUAUCACCAAGUUGAAAUUUUCCUCUUGGAACAACUAAGGAAUAGUAAUAAUCUGCACUAGAGUGUAUGUUUUACUAAAAUUAUGACCAUAAAUUGCACUGCUAAAAAGUGCAGGAUACUUCAUGUUGUCAGAAACUAAAGCACAUAAAAAUAUCAGCUUAGAUUUUUCCCCAUAUAUUCAUUAAUUCUUGUAUCUUGUUGUCAAUGAUAUUAAAACAGUCAGGAAUACAAGUGCUUUUUCACCUUCUUUUCAAUAAUUUUCUAUCAGCAGUUUUUGUCUAUGUUGUCUUUUUCUAAACUUUAUUGUUCCCUAAGAACCAAAAAGCCUAGGCCACACCUACAUUUUUUCCCUCAGAAAGUAAAGUUCUUAUCACUUACCUGUGGUUUACUGACCAGCAUUUCUCUUUUGAUUGUGUGUUGUGAUAAUAUAAAAAUGUAUGAGUGCUAAUUCUCAAUUUCUUCUCAGCAAUUUAUUAGAAAACCUUUUUUAAAGUAACUCUUUUUAAAUAUAAUUAUUUGCAGGUUUAUCAGAAUUCUUUAUAUGCAGUACUUGGUAUUUUGUCUCUUCUUGGUGUAUGUAUGCUGCCCUGGACGCUAAUGUAUCCUUGAGGAAUUUUACUCAUAUUUAGCCUAUAAAUGUACUAUUUGAUCUGGGUAACCACAGCUUAAGAUGCCUUGUUAUGAAGUUUUGUGUGUGUUUUAAAAGGUUAUAAAUACAUUUUAGACCACCCGCUAUGAGUUUAGAGGACGGUGACGCAUGACUAUUGGACAGAUUAACAAGACAUCGAGUGGCUUCUCACUUAACCAUUUUUGACUUAUUUCAAUUCUAGCAUUGUUUAAAGUUGGGAUUGUUUUAAAACGUUUCCUCGUAUUUCUUACAAUAAUUCUUGGGUAGAUCAAGUUUACUAUACAUGUUAGUUAUUUCUUCAGAUAGAUCCUAAUAGUAUAUAUUUUCAAAGACCAAAUAAACAAGGUCAUUCUUAUUUAGAAAUCCUUAACAAAUGGAAGAUACCAUUUCCAUUUUCUUUCACUCCCUCUCUGGGGAGUUAACUUUCUUCUUGGACUAGUUUCUUGUCUCUCAGUACUCUGUGUAUAUCUUGUUUCUCACAGUACUAACAGAGAAUGGAUAAAUCCUCUUCUAGUUUUUCAGUCCGUAGGUAAGGCUCCUGAAACGCAAAUUUGGUUAUUUUGGAUCGCAUUCCAUUUAGGUUUCUAACCCAACUACCGGUAAUUACAAAAUCCAAUCAGAACAAAAGAAAAGAACACAAGGAGCUUAGUGGAGCUUAACAUAGAAGCAGGCAAAUUCUCUGAGGCACAGAAAACGCGCAAAGAAGCGAAACUUCAUUGCAUGUCUGUUUUAUUCUCAGAUUUUGAAAGUGUAGUGGCGAGAAAACGUACUCAUGUUGGUUGAUGCAUUUUUUUCUUCUUUUUUUAAAAAAAAAUUAGGUUUCCAUGGUGGGAUCAAAUAUGACUUGCUUUUUUUAUUUUUACAGUAUUUGUGCUUUGUGAAAAUAUCCUUGCUAAAGAAAGCCUCUAUCCAGUCUAUUUUCUUGUGGGGACCAUGCUCUGUGCUAGUUACAUUUUUGAAAGGUAUUUAGAACAUUGUCCAAUUAUAGCGAGGACGUUUUGGCACACAAGAGCCCUUACCUUACAAGCAACUUCUGCAGACAUUCGCCAACAGCAAAAUUUCCUCAUAGACGGAACUCAGUUUCCUCAUACAAUUUCCUCCAAAACAUAAGCACGCUUAAGAUAAUCUAUGCCUUUGUAGAUCAUAUAGGUAAUGACUAGUAAUUGCAAGUAUGCUUUUAGGUUGCACAGAGUAGGCAAGCUCCAUUCCCAGUCUAUGUUACUGUGUAUUGCAGUCCAUGGUUCAAAGGUGCCCCUGUGUUUAUCGCUGGUCCUCCCCUUCAGACAGACAUCCUCUGUAUUGCUUCCCAGCAUAGUAGUUAUAUCACCUGCAGUACUCAUGUUCAUUUUUACGUACGUUGUAAGCAAGAUAAUUGAGUCGCCUGAGGACCUCUCAAUAAAUGAGGUAAGUUUUCUCUUAAAAGGAAAAAAACAGUCACUCUUUUCGCUGGAAAACAAAAUUUAUUUCUAAUUUGAGCCGGCUGCCAACAGGCUGUCGGUUUUGAAUUAAAUCGUUUGCACCGAUCACAGAAAAAAUAAGCAGCACGAAAGAACGAUCAGACCUAAAUUUCGUAAGAAUUGAGGAGUCCGUUUUGUUAUUGUUGUUAUAAUUUGUUUCUAUGCUGUUGCUGCUGCAAUCAAGUCCAUGUUAGGGCAUGGACUUGAUUGUGAAUUCGCUAUUUUAAAAACAGAAUAAACGCUUCGAGCAAUACUUUUCAGGAGAAGCAAAUCUGACUUUAAUUUGUUUCUUGGUCGUAGGGAUUAAAGCUUUGUAUGGCAUCAGGCAUUGUAACAGUUGCUGUAUACGAUGUGCUUGUGCUCCCUUUAUGGCUCCUAAUGACUCACAGAAUACCUUCGCCAGCGGACAUUCUGGGUAAGUGGGUCACUAGAUGUGGUGUUAUUGAAAAUAUCAGGGAACAGUUAUUCGUGUUAACCGCAGACAUGCAGAAAAAUGGCUUGACGCUAGCCUCCCUUUCCCGCAGAUCCUUACCUUUAUCCCGCCUUUACUCCGUUUGCAGUCUUUCCAAUGUAGGGAAAAAACUUUUGUGUUGAUAUUAUUUUUUUCCACCUCUGAGUUUUUUCGUUAGUUCCUAGUCUUAUCAGACCACAACCAGGUAACCUGUCUGAAGCACGUUUUUUGUGAUUGUUUCAGCUGGAGUGCUGUUCAUCUGGGGAGCCAUAUGCCUCAAGUUGUCCCACAUGCACUUUUCACACAAUCUCUUCCUUAAGAGACUUAACAUCCUUGUUCUGUGUGUGAGUGUUUUAGUGGAAAUUAUUCAACCAGACUUAAAUGUUUACAGGGUGAGUGCUAUGUACCCUUUUGGUGUUUUAAAGAGAUAUGAUUGCUAUGAAUGGUUAUUGGUUAGUACACGUAACUGUAUCAUGUUAGGACUUGACAUCGAACCAAGGCUUCAUAGAAUCCUCUCCUCCUGAUAGAAGGCGAAUUCGUAGUAUGUGCAUAACUGUUGUUAGUUAACGUCAGUACACAUGCUCGUCAUUUAAGUACCACUAAGGGCGGUGCUCAAUUUAUUUGAUAUGUAAUAUAAUUAUUUCUUAACCAGGUACUGCAAGGCGCCUUGGUGUUUGUGAUCUCACUGUUUUAUCCAUUCUUCAGCAAUGAAAGCGUUCUAUCAUCAGAGUGAGUUUAGUCUGUUUGUCAAUCAGAAUCUUAAAAUUAACGCCGCCCUCAGAAAAUUGACUGACUAGUGCCCUUUGUCUAUAAUGAAAGUAAUUUCAAUCAGAGACUUGGAGGUUUGUGGUUACUGCUACGCAAAAUGGGUAAAGGGGAUAUUUCUUGUUCUUGUUAUUUUAAGCAGCAGUAAGAAUUCAUAUAUAUACCUCUCGGUUUUUGGAAUGGAAUUCGUCAAGUAGCAGUCAGAAACGUUUUUAGUGGUAUGGGUUUUAUUUUACGUGAUAAUGGGGUCUUUCAUGAUAUACUUCCUCGGCAUCGAUGUAAAUUACUUUUUACAAAUUAUGAGAUAAUUGUUUACUUACUUUUAGGCGAAGAGUUUUACUGCCGUGGUUAGCGGUAAAAUUUUUUUCUUUUACUUUUUCUAGAGCCACUGUACUGCCUUGGCUAAUUCUUGUUGCUUUAUCAGUGCUAUUAGCGGUAUUAACUAAACUUAUAACGUUUGAGCAAGCGUCUUGGUCACAGAGGCUUGCUGUUGCCGUUUUAAUCGGCUUUGCUCUGGGUUUCAAGGUUUCCUCCGCGGUAAGUGUAAAGAGGAUCGUCUAUAAUUUCCAAUGCCGUCAUUUCUGAAUAAUCGAACUGAGAUACAUACUUAAGUGAUUAGGUGUGAAUCCCUGGCAUUUGAGUUCCAUGUCAAACAUGAAGGCGUUUACUCUAAGGUCCGAACACAAAGACGACUUAACCACGCGUCAUCGAAAUAUCAGUAGCUUAAGUUAGACCUAACCUCAUCUGCUCGGAAUAGAUGCGACUUUAAUCAGAUGGACACUUGAGCCACACCAUCUCAACUCACUGUAUAGCUUCGUUUUUUCUGUAGAUGAUGCCUCCAACAACUCGUCCACUUCUGGUCAUUCUCCUGUUUGGAAUUUCUUCCAGCUUUACAUUUUAUUUAUUGAUAAUUUCCUGGAAGCCGAUUUUUGGAGAAGCACCCCCAAAUUUGAGGUAUCUAGCUACAAAAUUAAGUUCCAACCAGAAAAUCUACAGCGAAUAUUUUAUCCAGGCCACUUUUGUUAUCGAGUUUUUCCCCUUGAUGAGAGUUUGACCUAUGUUUUUUCUUAGGCGAUCACGGAAACAGACCAGAUCCUUAAAAAACAUCUAAUUGUAAUAACGUAGUCAUGGAAAAUAGGGAAAAAUGAAAAAAGGCAAUGAGAAUUAAUAUGCUUAAAAGUUUCCUUCCCAGGAUCAUAGCAGUUAUAAAACAUGAUAAGGAACUGAUUUAGGUUUAUUUCAAUUGGUUAACACGCGUCUCCUUUCCUGUUGUUUGGGUGAUUUUUAUAUAUAUAAAAUAUCUAGACACCCUACUGUCACGAUGCCUCCCUCCACCCAGGAGUAAAAAUGGGUACUGGCGAAUUGUCAGAGAAGCCUGAUGAAACGCUGGAGGGUACCCUUAGGAUGAGUGGCAUCUCAUCCAAGGGGGGAGUAGUAAUACUCCUAGGCGCUUCAUGUUACAUGGGAAGAAGGUCCGAUUGGGUGGGCUAGUAGGCUCGAGUACAAACUUUACCUUUACCUCUACAAUAUCUGGCAUGAACAACGAUAAUUUAGAUUUGACUAGACAUUCCUAAUGAGCCAUUUUUCCUUUCGUGUUUGAUUUGGCUAUUUCAUUACAACGCUAUUGCAGCUAGGUGAAUCUUAAGUUAAUCAAAUGACUACAUUUAAGAUUGCACAAACAGUCAUGUUAGUUCGCGUUUCGUGCUCAGGUUUUCUAGGUAAUCCCAUGAUUUCGAGUGCAAUGUGAGAUAAAUCAGUACCAGUGAUUUUUUAAAAGUUUUUUCUGUCAAUUGAUUUAAUUUCAAUUUUUGACGUGUUCACGGCCAAUUACCAUGCUGACAUUUUCCUAUCUACGUGAGCGGAAACUUUCGAAAUAGGUCUUAUGCAUGCUUACGUCGGAAACCCAAUAUCACCCCAAGCCUCACUUUCAAGGUGUGAGCUUGUGAAUUUUAGCAAAAAAAUAUUCCAAAAACACUCAAAUCAAAGGAAAGCUCACAUGGAAACAUCACGGAAGUGAAAAAAAAAGAUUUAUGAAAGUGUUGGUGCACAAGGGGCUUGUGGCUGAAUAUUCUGCAAAUGACGUUAUCCCGCUAAGUGAUCUUUGACAAAGAAACCGAAGUUCUCUUUGGUUAGUUAACUUAUUGGUUUUGUCAUCUGUUUGUGCUCUCUUCAUUAAUUUCAGCAUGCCAUAUGUGCUUCUAAAUGGUUCUUUUUUGGCCUGCAUCUUGUCAGAGACUGUAACUUCUAAACCCCUGGAUGUAUUGAAAGGUCAGUUAACGAAAAGGCCCAUCACAUUUUUUUAAUGUUACUUUUUUUUUCGUGUUUCUAUUCUUUCUCAAAAUGAUCUUCACAAUCUUCUUCGCUUUCUUUAAGGAUCGCACAAACCGCCUCCAGUCCUCUCCAGUUCGUUUUAUCAUUUGUGUCUUUACACUAUUUUGGGUUUGGGCCUUAGAAGAGAUGCUGUGGCACAAGAAGAUAGCCUGGUAAUUUUAGUAUGAACAUGUCGUGAUAAGAUUAUUUCUCUUUAUAGUUAGUUUAACAACUAUUUUCCUUGACUUUGUAUGUAGGAAGAGAAGAAAGGAAAGCUUCCGUCUGGACUCGUUCUUCAGAGUUUUUCGUUUUUCUCCAACAUUUCCAUAUGCAUCUCAUUUCUACUGCUUCUAAUGUGUUCUUCCUCGGACUAUUGGGAGCUGUGGGUAAGUGGUGUUUUAAAAACUAUAAACAACCGCAACAGCAAAUUGUUCUGUUUUCUCAUGAAGAUUUUCUGUCUUUUCGCAGAUUUCUUUGGCCGUUCUCCUAUUGUUAUUUCUGAGACCGGAAGGAUUGCCUUAUUUAAGAGGCAUUCGUGUUCAGUUCACGCCAACCUUACCUGCGACAGUAGCGUUAGCUCUGUGCAUGUACUCUCGGACAGUAACUGAAGCAUUACCAACGCAACUAUCUUUCUUCUCAGUUAUAGGUUAGCACACACCAUUAUUAACAUUUGAUAACCACCUGGCAAAGUAUAAUCGUGUGAAGGGGUCUGAGAACUAUAGAAGCGUCAUACUGGAAUUCACAACCUCGGGCUUGCGGCAGCUGUGCCCUAAUGGUUAUGUGCGGAAGCAAAUAGCAAACGAUUUUAUUUCCCAUCUCCUUAUCUUCUCGUACUAUAGACUGUAAAUUUAAGUAAAUAGAGUUAUGCCAAACCUAAUUUCGUUUCCUAUCGAACCGAACCCAGGCCUUUCCAUUCAGAUUCCAGCGCGCUAACUGGCAACAAAUAACAAAACAGCUGAGGGAAACCUGCCAAAAAGCUUGAGGAAGCAAUAAAUUGUUUCAUUCUCCGAUAGCAGGGAAUAGUAGUUGGUAAACUUCUUCGUUCUUCCUUUUUCUGUUCCGAGAAUACAAGACAUCCAUAUCCUUACUUUUCUUAGCCCUGAACAUUUUUAUAGUUUCUUUGAAGUAUUUUCACUUUACUCUACAGGUUACGUUUUGGAGAUGCUUAUCUUGGUCAGCUCCUCACCGACUUAUGUAGUCUUAGUGUGCACGAUAUGGCGCGCCGGCGAGAUGUCAUUGGUUGAACAACAACUGGUUAUGUUCACGGCUCCUAGCAACGUGGUGCUUUUGAUUUACUGCAGCACUCUGUCGGCAAAAAUCUUAGGCUUUGUCGGAAUUUCUGCAGUCUAUUGGCUGUUUUAUCAUGUAAAGAUUACUGAAAGUAAAUAGAAAUUUUUUAAUUUAGAAAUGCGCUGUUAUCCACAAUCUUUUAACUGCCCAGACACAGAUGAACUGGUAAAGUCCCGUUAGUCAACUGUUACGAUUGUCCAUUUCAACGGUGC